UGUUGCCUUGGAAACAGACGACCCGGUGUUUGAUGCACUAACAAUUGUUUGACAUUUAUUUAAUUUUGUUAUUAUAGUGGCGGAAUCGUAACACAUACGAAGGUGUGAACAUUUCAUAGGAUCAGUUUUUAAAGUGUGAAUUGUUCCUUUAUCAAACCGAAUCGGGAAAGUGGUAAAAUUGGACAGAUAAUACUGUACGAUAGGUUACCGGAUACCUACCUAAAUCAAUUUAUUUCAUGUCAGCCACCAAAUUAUGUAUCUCAGACCAAAGUACUGUAGUAACCAACGCUAUGAAAUAGUAGGCUUCUGUAAUCUCUCCCGAUGCUGAUACACAAUUGAAAGACUUCUCGGCGAUUAGUGUAUAGGGGGAAACACCGCAGUGGAACCAUUGUCAUCGCGUGGAUCAGUCUUAUUCACUCGAUAUACCUAUACCAAAUUUAUGUUCCUUGAUGGCUCGAAAAACUGCUGACAUGCAACUUCUGGGAGACACUUUAACUCGCCAGUAUCGGUUAGCCUGUGAAUUAUAUAAUACUUUUCCAGUUGGACGUACUACACAUCAGUUAUCUCAAGGAAAUCUUCUUACUGAUUUAUCCACUGUAGACCAUGAUCAUAUGGAGGCUUUAUGCCAUCUUCUUCAAAACAAAGUAACCCCUCAGACAUUGAAAUUUAGUAUACCUACUUCUGAAGAAGUGGGAGUAAAACUUCUUCAGCAAGCAGUCAGAGGAAUAAGUCUCUGCAUAUCACAGUCCUAUACCCUAGCUUCUCUUGAAUUAUCUAAUGUUAAAUUGAGGGGCAACAACCUUGAGUUGCUGUGUCAGGGUCUUUCCAAGUCACGGAAUUUAAAAAUAUUGAGCUUUUCCUCGUGUAGUCUACACGAUACUGGAGUUGAGCGCUUAUGUCAGAGUAUAAAAAAUGUUCCCAGCAUUUCAAACCUAUCUUUGAUUGACUGCUGUAUAUCUGAAAAGGGAGCCUUAAUGACUGCAGGGUUAUUGAAGCACCAGAGACUAAAUCGAGACAGUGCUAUGUGGCAAGAUACACUGAGACUACGUCAUCCUCAUUUGGAUGGUAUGAGAGGCCUGAGAAGAAUCACUCUGAAUUAUAAUCCCCAACUUGGGGAUUUUGGUGCCAAGGCUUUAGCAGAAGUACUUUUAGAAGACCUCUGGAUUAAAGCUUUAGACCUUCAGCACUGUGGCAUUGGAGAGGAGGGUGGAUUAGCUUUGAAAAAAAUGUUGAAGACAAAUCAUACCAUAGAGGUUUUGGAUUUAAGAAUGAAUCCGUUUAUUCCUAGUCAGAUAGUUAAUGAAGUAAUAAGCCUUCUCCAUGAGAGACAAGAGGAAUAUAACACAAAACAGUACACAUGGUUGAAUGCAGAGUCUGACCAAAAUAUUGAUAAGGAAAAUGAAAUUAAAAUGAAAAGUCCCACAAGAUUACAUACUAGUACUAAGAAAACAACUCUGAAAGAAAAUGCACAAAAACCUUAUCCGAAGUCUCAGCCAUCAGUGAAGAAAGUUCCAGUGUUACCAAAGAAGUCUGGAAUUCCAUGGAGAGUUGAAUAUAGACUCUAUGAAAGAAAAGAAGGAUUGAAACCAGGUUCAUUUAUCGACUCAUUACUAAGGAGUGAUAGAUCAACUUCAGUGGCUCCCCAAGAUUCAGAAUUAUCCUCUGAGAAGACAACUAUAGACUUAAGGAAAAUUAAAAAACUGCUGAAUCACUACAGACAUUUGUAUCGCAAGGAGAAGGAAGCAAGAAAGCGUAUUGAACAUAAGCUGUCAAAACUUCAAGCAAAAAUGAAUAAAUGUCAUUUGUUAGAUGAUCUAACAGUGAAUCACAUUGAGACAUGCUUCCAAAGGUUCCAAACUUUUCUGCUUAAUCUGAAGACUACUGGGUUCCAUUGGCAAGCCGAGUUAUGGGAAGAUGCUAGUAAACCCAAACAAAUGAAUGUUUUGUUGCAAGACAGUAACUCAAGUCCUCCUCUAUCCAGUCUACAGGAGUCAGAGUACAAUUUUGCUAAUGUUGCAUCCCAAGCUGAAAUAGAGCUUUUAAAUUUUUCUUCUGCAAAUCUACCCAUUAUUUUUAGAAAUAGAAAAAUUUCCAGUAAAGGCUAUCAAGAAAAUGUUCCUGAGCCAGUAAACUUGGUUAGCACACCUGAGAACCAUGUGAAAUUGUCAACGAACAUACCAGAAAAGGAGAACGGUGUUGAGAAUGCAGCCCAUCAGGUUUAUGAUGAAAACAUAAUUGACAGCCUUCAAAAAGAUUUGGAUACAGGAAAAAUGUUAGUAUCUUCAUUUAUUAAUUCAUGUGAAAAACACGAAGAGGAAAGCAGAAUAAAUGAGAAUACAAAUGAUAGCCAGCAUGAUGUACAUGAAAACAAAGAAUUACCUGUCCCUGUACAACCUGUGAUAGAAAUUGCAUCAAGUUCAGCAGAAGAUCAGGACAGUGAAGCUCAUUCAGUAGAUAUCAGGGAUGAUUAUGCCAGAAACAUUCAUAACCAAGAAGUCCUUGAGCCAGAAAGAAAUUCUUCCAAGAUAAAAAGUGAGGAUGUUUUGGAAACAAAUAACAGACAUUCUGACAUUCAAACAGAACAGGCCAUAGUGAUUGCUUCUAAUCAAGUUCCUUCUGAGGAGGAAGUAUCAGCUAUACAAGCAGAAAAAGAUAUUCAGAGUAAUACAUCAGAAAUUGCUACUGACAACAAUUCCAAAUUCAUGAAGGAAAAAAUUAAUCAUAAUAUUACACCAGAAAGAUAUGUUGAUAAUAGUCCAAAAUUCAUGAAGGACCUUACAUUCUUCAGUCCUCAUAAGACAGAUAAACACAUGCAUAAAUUAGAAAGUGAUCCACCAAAUGAAAACAGUAGUAAAUUUAGUUUACAAACAGGGUCAGGUAACAUUCAUUCUGAAAGCAUAGAUGCUUCUAUAAAAGAACCAGAAAACAGAGAUAUUAAAAAUAAAGAUGACAGUGUUGCAGCAACAGAAAACAAUUCUGAAACAGUGGAUGGUCCACCGUACAGUCAAAGAAGUGAAACUGAUGAUGAGAAACUGCAAAUGAAGAAAGCUAUUAGACAGGCUCCAAGGAGUGGUUCUGUUUCAUCUGUCAGCAUUACAGAACAUCUCAGUAAUUCCCACAGCAGUUGGACAAAACUAGGAAAAAACAGAGUAAAGAAAACUGUGAAAUAUGAAUCCACAAAAAGUAAAACUCCAGCUCCUGGAUUAGUUGAUUCUAAGAAAGUAGAAAGUACUUCACCAAAAGAUAUCCCCAUGGAGUAUGACAGUGAUUUUGAAGUCAGCGAUGUUGAGGGAUUAAGUAUAUCUGCUUCUUCACUUACAUCAACAACAAUACCCGAUGAUCUUGUUACACCUGGAGAAGAGGAGUUUUGAUUUUAGGCCUGCUUCUUAAAGUUUUGCACCUGGAAUUAGAUUAAGAAGCAUAAAACACUAAAGCAGGCUGAGAUGAAGAAAUUCAGGAUAAUUGUUAAGGAAAGCAGUGACAAGAGGCAAAAAUGGUGAGACAUUUGUACGUAUAACUUAUCAGUAACUUCCUUUUAAAAUAAUAGUACUCCUCCACAAAUGCACAUCCCAAUAUUUUUUCAUAUUUUAUCUGCUAAAAG